GAUUCUCCAGCCGAUAAUUCGCACGCGUUGGCUCCAAGAUUUUUUCCCCCCUCGUCCCCUUGCGGUUGUCAUCGGGGUUUCUUGGCCAGCGACGGAGCCACAGAAAUGGAGGGCAAGAACAGCGGCUAAUUUUAGCGGCGGGGAGGGAAGCGAAGCCUGGGCAGCCACCCGCCAGCCUCCAACAAGUUGCAGUGAUCUGAUUGCCCCUGAAUUCGAUUCCUUUCGUUUUUGAGAAUCAGUUCGAUUUGGUUUCUUGGUGGGAGAGGAGGAUGCAGUGGGCGGGCCUGAGGGCGCCGGCGCCUGCGCCGGCGCCGACGGCGGCGUGGGCGGGGCGGAAGCCAAGAACCGCGAGGUGGCCGCUUGGUAGGCUCUCUGCUGUGCGUCGGGCGGUGGUGGCGUCGGCGGCGGCGUCGGAUGCGAACUCGAGCUCGAAUCCGCCGGGGAGAGACGAGGAGAGGGAGGAGGCCGCGCGGAGGGAGAAGGAGGAGAAGGCGGCGGCGUCGCUCCUGAUGAGGAGCCAGAAAUACGCCAUGCUCAAGCAGCAGCUCGCCGUGGCCGCCCAAUUCGAGGAUUACAAGGAAGCCGCGAGGCUGAGGGACUCCCUGAGGUCGUUUGAGGAAGAGGAGCCCGUGCUGCGCCUCCGCCGGUUGAUGAAGAAGGCGAUCGAGGAGGAGAGGUUUGAGGAUGCUGCUAAAUACAGAGAUGAAUUGAAGAUUUUGGCUCCACACUGCCUCCUCAAAUGUUCUAGUGACGCCACCACUCUGGGGAUAAGAGUUCAAGUUAGGAGUGUCUACAUUGAAAACCGGAGCCAGCCUUUGAAGGGGCAAUUCUUUUUUGCUUAUAGAAUCAGAAUCACAAAUAAUUCCCAGCGUCCUGUUCAACUUCUCAGAAGACACUGGAUUGUCACUGAUGGAAAUGGAAGGACAGAGAAUAUUUGGGGAGUUGGUGUAGUGGGAGAGCAACCUGUCAUAUUCCCAAGGACUGGUUUCGAGUACUCGUCUGCAUGCCCGUUAAGCACUCCAAAUGGGAGAAUGGAAGGUGAUUUUGAGAUGAAGCACAUCGACAAAGCUGGAUCGUCGACGUUCAAUGUCGCUAUAGCACCAUUCUCUCUGUCGAUUCUUGGGGAUGACAAUGAUGUUCUCCUCUGAGUGCCAUCGGGUAUGCAACUAGAAUUGAACAAGAAAUCCUCGCCUGUAAGGAAUAGCAUGACAUACGGACACAAGUAAUUCUGCUAGGGAUGCAGUAAGAGUGGAGUAUUAGGCUGAAACUGCUGUGUUUGCAAUUUUUUCUGAAUCCAAGUGUCCUGGAACAAGAUCUGACAUCGACCAUGUAAUUUUGUCUGCGAAGCGCAACAGCACCACAUCCUACCACUUCUUUUUAAUGUACAGCGUAGAACUGUAGAGCUUGUUAUUGGGUAAUACACUCAUUUUCCCAUUCCAUUGUGAUCAUGGCUUUUUAAUGUACUCCAUGUACAAAGAAUAUAUGAUGUUUUGGAUAUGACAUAGCCUUUUGUA